AUGACUAUGACAGUCUUUGACGGAUAUUAUAAAGACUAUGACCAUGCCCGACAAGAGGCAUUCCAAGCCAUUGAUGAGUACAAGCACACUUCGAAUUCCACUGAGCGUGAACACUUGGCGGUGACUGCAAAAAGUAACAUUGAUGAAGUGGAGCGAUAUAUACGCAUUUUGGAUAAUGAAGCUAAGGUUGAGUCGUCUCCGACAAAGAAGAGGAAAAUGAUGGAGAAGGUGCACCAUUGUAGAACCAAAUGGACUAGAUUGAAAAGUUCGUUGGAGAAGGAAUUGUUAGCGAACGAUGUCCGAGCAGGGAAAUCGUCCAUGGCAUCCGUUGAGGAUGCGACCACGGUAGAACAACUUGAAAGUUGCACUGAACGUGUCGAAAGAACUGGACGUCAUUUAGAAGAUGCACAGCGUAUUCUCGCCCACACGGAAGCAAUCGCGGAGAAUGUUGCUAACAACUUACUUCAGCAACGGAAUCAACUGGAGCACACGGAGCUGAAUAUUGCACAAACGCAAGAUGACACUAUGGAAGCAAAACGCAACAUCCGUUCGAUGGCAUUCAAAGCGUGCACAAGUCGAAUUCUUUUGUUUUUGGUGAUGUUAGCGCUCGUCACUGCCAUCGUUCUAGUGUCGUAUUUCAAGUGGUACCCACGUGACCAAAAGGACUACCUGGGCAUUUUGCCUAACUCUAGCAACUCCAGCUCCUCUACUAAUGGUGAAGAUUUCCAAUGA